UCUGGGUUCACGACACACUCUUGGCAUAAACUUGAGGAAAAUUUUGGAUUCACUUUUUUUUGUUUUGUGAAAGCUUUUCCUUUGGUGUAGAAAACUUCAAGAUAUGGCUGCUAUAGUAACCCAAGAUCCCACUGGCGGUAUUGCAAGUGUACUCCAUAGACCACGGCAUGCACAAGUCCCUCAGCACCCUGGUCCUCUGCCCUCCAGAAUAUUACACCCAGAAGAGCAUCUCCAGCUAAACCAGCCCUUUUACGUUCCCACUGUCCAGCCGUUCUUCCCAUAUCAAUGGUCCAUGUCAACUCCAUAUGUGCCCUAUGGUGGCUUUCAUGGAUUAGGUUAUGGCACGAUGAUGCCGCCAUCAUUACUACCUCUCCAGUGUUUAGAAGUUCCUGGAUACAUGAUUCCUCAAACUCAACUGCACAUGAUGGACUACAGACGUAUGACUCCCCAUGUGGCUCCAACUAUUGCUCAUCAGACCCGCCACUCACAUUUUCAAAACGGUGUGCCCCCUGGUCGUGUGAUGGUCAGCUCUGAGGUGCAAACUGAACCCCUUUGUCGUAGCAUAGACUCACAUGAACGUGCAAUAUCCCACAAUUGUUCUGAAUCAGGUAGGGGUACUGACAGUCCAGUGUCAACAUCACCCAGCACCUUGGAUAACAAAUCAGUAACUUGCCCUGAAGGUACAUCCAUGCUAACUCAAAAUUACAAUGCCACUAAUGCGAUCAGCACUACUGAUUUGUCUGCUGUUCCCAAGAGUGAAAUCCUUCAAGCUGAACAUAUGCAAAUUAAAUGCGACGCAAUGCUUUCUGGGCGUAAGAAUUUUCAGAACAAGGAUAACAUGGAGCUAGCUAGUCAUAAUGAAACUGACCUUUUGCAGUGCAGCUUGGGUUCUGUACAAUCUUCAGGGGAUGUUGUCUUGUGCGCUUACCAGUCAUUAGCAUUUAGGAAGGAUGAACAGCGGGUUGAAGCUGAGAUGUUAAGGUACUCAAAGCAUCGUCUCCCUGCUUGUACAGAAGUUACUGUGUUGAGAACUUCUCCAUCUUGUAGAACUUUGAAAGCUUAUCCUAAACCAAUCAGAUCUGUCAUUAACCAAGGCAUCAAAGCAAAGAAAAACUCAGACAUGCCUUUUCAGGCAAAGAGCAGAGAAGAUGGCAACACCUCCAAUAACAUUGACUUUAAGAUUCUGCGGCUGCCAUUUGACAUGGAGAACCAUAACCAGCCUUGUCAGCUGGAGGCUUCUAUCUGGUCAGUAGAGUCUCUGAUACCUUAUGUACCUUCCACUGAGUGGAUGACCGAUAAUGGUCUUCUAACUCCUCCGAAACCGUUGAGCCCACUGAAUGAGCACAGUGAUGUUAUCGCAAAGCCAAAUUAUGUUCCUGAAGGGAAGAAUCUACAACCUGGUGCAUCAGUUAAAUAUCAUGGUCGUCCAUGUCAGCUAGAGGCCUCUAUCUGGUCAGUAGAAUCUUUGAUGCCUUAUGUGCCUUCCAGUGAGUGGAUGGUUGAGAAUGGGUGUUUAACUCCUCAGAAGCCGCUGAGCCCACAGAUUAAAUCUAGUGAUCUUCUGUCUAAGCAGAAUCAGUCUUCCACUGGUAUUCCAGCAGAGAAGAAUCUACAAACUGGUGCAUCAACUAAACAUGAGUCCUUUAACUCCCUUGUGUCCCGCUCCCCAUACCGUCCCUCAACAAGCUGGCUGGCUGACUUUGGUAAUGUAUACUACUACAGUAAGUUACCUGUUGUACAGCAACAUCCUGACCUUCCAGAGAAGCAGCAACCAAAGAUGUCCCUUGCCAUUAGUCUUGAACCACCUCCUCUCAGAAAUGGGAAAAACACAAAGAACCAAAGUCCAGCAAUUGGCAUCUCAGAUCAGAAGCACUGUUCACUUCAUACUUGCAAGUGCAAAGCAAAACGCAGUCUGAGGUUAGCUGGAUCUUCUGUGACGUGUGAUUGGGUUUCUCAUUCCACACUGCAGAAUAAACUUCGCUUCUGCACAUCAUGUAGAUAUGUGAAAGGAAAGGAUCAUAGAAAGCCGCCUUUUUCAGAUGGUUUUAGCUGUAAAAGAGAAGAGACUACUGACUUGAAUAACUUUUACAUGAAGAGGGCUACUGAGGGGUUCCAUGGUACCCCAAAGAUGACUUCAGGAAGUCAUUUGUCAAAAUGCUGUGCUGCUUCUCUGGCUAAACCAAGUGAAAAGACUGGACUGUGUGAAGAUUGCCAAUGCCUUAAUCCCAGCCCUGCUCAAGAUAAAUGUGGUGACAUUGGAUGGCGAAUUUGGGAAAAGAGUGAGGAAGACUGGAUUAACAACCCAAAUCAGAGAAUGUUACAGACACUGCAGAAAAACAAUCCAUGGAAAGCAAGUAUGCAGGGGUCUAAAACUGAAAGAAGGAUUCAGAAAAAAGAAAGGAAAGCGUACUCACAAGAGAUCACACAAGAGGAAGACACAAUGUUUAUUGCUACCGGUGGUCAGUGUGCACACCCCAUGGAGAGCUAGAAGGUGCAUUAAUAUCACAAACGUUCAAACCUUCCUACAAUCAAAUAUACACCUGUAUGGUUUUUAAGCAGUGAUUUAAUAAAGUACUUAUGAGUGUGAA